GAAGUGUCUUGACACAGAACCUGAGCUGGACAAAGCACUCUUGACCUGAGUGAGCUAACUGGCACCAUGAAAUUAUUGAGUGUCUUUCUGCUCCUGUCUCUGGCUCUUUUCAGCAUUUUCUCAGGUGUCUUCAGUCAAGAAGGAAAGAUUGACUGCGGUGAGUUCCGGGAUCCCAAGGUCUAUUGCACACGGGAAUCUAAUCCCCACUGUGGUUCUGAUGGCCAGACAUACGGCAAUCAAUGUGCCUUCUGUAAGGCGGUGGUGAAAAGUGGUGGGAAGAUCAACCUAAAGCAUCAAGGAAAAUGCUGAAGUUUUGUGCAGUGUCUGUGCUGACUUCCAGCUGCUGCUUUUCUCACUUCUGUUUUUCUCUAAUGGAUCCUUUAAAUUUAUAAGACACACCUACUCUGCCUGGCUCUUGGGUAGUUCAAUACAUAUCUAUUUCCCUGGAUUUGCUUGUCAAUAAAGUAAAUUCUGUAGAAGCA